AUGUACAAAAGACACGAUAUGAGUGGCAUGGGCUCGUCCUCGAUGGAUAUGGGUUCGAUGGCCAGUUCAACAAUGAGUAUGGUAAUGGAAACAACUGCAGCUGCAAUGGAUCACAGCGGAUCAAGCAAUAGCAGUAUGGGAGACAUGAGUGGUAUGAGUAGUAUGAGUGGUAUGCACAUGUACUUCACCAGAGAGUUUAAAGAUUAUCCCGUUAUAUUCAAAAGCUUAUCAGCAUCUACAAAAGGCGAAGCAUUUGGUAUAUUUGUCUUGCUAUUCUUUGCUGCUUUCUUUGCCAGAUUCCUAGAGUUUAUCAGAAAUUACUUGGAAGAAGUUGUAUGGCAGAAUAAGAGCUAUAAUGAGUUCGAAGCUGGAGUAGCGAAUCACAGUGCUAAUUUGCAACCUACUACACCUGCUCAAGGUGACUGUUGUGCAGGAAGUGCCGACGACGAAAGUUUUGACAAACGUGUGUCAAAUGAUGACGUUAUUGUACAAUCACAAGAGGCCAAACCAUCAAAAUCCAAUUUACCAAUAGCAAGCACUAUCAUGAGGGAUGCUAUACGGUUGGUUUUAUGUAUUGUUCCUGAUUUAUUUGGAUACACUUUGAUGUUGGCAGCAAUGACUUAUACGUUGACGUAUUUCUUUGCUGUUGUUAUUGGUUCUGGCGUUGGAAGAUUUGUUAGUGAACGUCUAAUGGAAAAGUUUAGAAUUAAACGCACACCACCUAGAAACUGUUGCUAG